AUGGCGGACUGGCAUGACGGGCGAGAAGAUGUGGAACUGGGGACAUUCUCAAGCUUCGUUCUACAGGAAAUCGUAAUGGGAGGUAUGCUUAUUGUGUCUGUGUUGGAGGAAUCUUUAGACGACGAUACCAAUGAUAGAGAAAGACAACGCAUACCGAAAGUUUCCGAAUAUGCGGAAGAAACCAUUCGGGAUAUGUCGUCGGAGACUUUUAAGUCACACUUCCGGCUGCUGCCAAGGACGAUUGAGCGAUUGUCCACGAUUCUGAGACCCUUGUUGGGGGAAGGCGAAGUUGGUUGUGGCCGUCCACAGGUGCCAGCUCAGAAGCAGCUGCUUAUAACGGUGUGGUGCCUGGCCAAUAUGGAAUGCUUCAGGGGUGUUGGAGACAGAUUUGGCGUUGCCAAGUCCACAGUAUUUCACUGUGUACGGAGGGUUCGGGAGGCGCUGCUCAAAGUGGCAUCUCGGUUUGUUCUGUGGCCCAGCGAAAGCGAUGCGCGGUCCAUCAGAGAUGGCUUCCAGAGGAAGUCUAAGUUUCCUGGUGUUCUGUGGGCUGUUGACAGAUCACAUAUAGCAAUUACUGCACCAAAAGAACAUGCUGCUUCCUACAUCAAUAGGAAGGGUUUCUAUUCUGUGGUGCUACAGGCAGUGUGUGACCAUGAGAUGCGUUUCUUGCACUGCUCGUCGGGGAAGCAGGGAGCAUGCAUAAUGCUCGUGUUCUUCGCCGAUCAGAAUUGCAUGAUAUGCUUGAUCACGGUCACUUCCCAUUUAGUAGUCACUUAG